AUGGAAGGACGCCUCAAGGCAACCCCGACGGCGAUUCUGUAUAACCGCAAGCGGGGCGGUAGAUUCAAAGCUCGGCUAGUCGUUCUAGGUGACCGAUGGGAUCCUGGUGGCUAUCAAGAGUUAUACAGUCCUACGGUUUCGCAAGUUGGUAGUCGUCUUGUUCUUAUCGAAGCAGCACGUCGAGGAUGGGACAUUAUUCCGUAUGACGUCGGAAAUGCGUCCAUUCGAGCUUCAAUAGAUCGCACAGUUCUAAUAUCUCUGCCGAAGCAGUGGCGUGAUGGACAGGAAGACCAUGGCGCUAGGAGUUUACCUCGGGCGCUUUAUGGGUUACCGAUGUCACCUCGCUUAUGGCAGAAACAGUACGCCAAGGACCUACAGGAGAUGGGAUUCGAAGAUAGCCGACUCAAUCCCGGCAUUUGGACUAUGCGAGAUUCUUCUGGUGAACUCAUUGCGAUGCUGAGUGUUUAUGUGGAUGAUUGCAUUCUAGCCGCGAAGGACAAGGAGCUUACUACCGAUUUGGUCGAUAAGCUACAUGCUCUACACCCGUUAUCCAAGAUUAAAAUGGAUGAAGUUACCGAUAAGGAUGGCACUUGGCUUCACUUCGACACGCUUGGGGCAGACGUUUUCUACAAUGCUCAAAAGAAGUCGGCGAGGAUCACAGUGGAGACUUACCUCAAGAAGAUGCUCAAGACGUUCGGUAUGGAGAAUUGCAGCAGCUUACCGGCUCCAGCCUUCGACGAAGCACUUCUUUACCAAGAUUCGCCUCAGAUCGAGUUCAACACUCGGCAGGUAACCGGCUCCCUACAGUGGGCAGAUACGGUGGCCAGGCCCGAUUUAGCUCAAGUGACGAAUUGUCUAGCGCGUGCGGCAAACCGUCCGCCAACCAAAGCAAUCGCUGCAGCGUGUAAGCGUGUACUACGAUACGUUAAGGGAUCUUUGGGCGAAGGAUUAGUUUAUAGUCCCCAACAAGAGCAGGAGUUCCAGAACCUAUUCAGGGACCUCUAUCGCCAUCCAGAGAGUAUUCAGAUCAACGAAAUGACUGAACAAGAGAAGAAGUUCGAGCCGAAGUCUUUUCACCCCAUCCAGAGUUUUGGCGAUGCAAGUUUUGCUUCUACGCUCGAAUUCAAAUCGGUUUCCGGUGUAGUCGUGUACUACUAUGGCUGUCCAGUUGUGUGGAAAUCCACGGCCCAGACGGUACGAAGUGGAUCUACGUGCGAGUCCGAAACUGUGGCCCAGUCGGACCUUCUCAAAGUCUCGGAAGACAUCCAUGCAAUUCGCCGCUUUCUUCGAGGUGUACCAGAAACAGGCGAAGGAGACAAGGAUCUUUGUACUGUGAUAGUCAUAGUGCUAUAAUUAGCUUAAAGAAAACCAACCUUAGCGACGUACCUAAAAAGAGUAGACGCGUAGCCUUGCGCUACAUGCAAGUGCGGGACGACGCGCAGCGCCUUUGUUACGUUCCAACGGGCACGCAGAGGAGUGAUGGCUUGACUAAGAGUUCGACCAAUGGCCUGCUUUACAAAAACGUCUUCCAUGUUCAAAACAUGAAGAGAGAUGCCAACCUUCCUACUUAUUGUUUUCUGGCCUAUGCAAUUCCAUACUAGGAAGGCACGUCUUACAUCUUCGAAGUCAUUCAAAUCGCAUGCAACAAACUCCAUCUUUUGCCAAGUUUAACAUCUUCAGCAACAACGCCCGCGCUUGUAUUAUAACACUUUCCACUUUCUCAAAAAUUAAGCUUUGCUACAUUUUCCUAGCUUAGUCCGUAUUAGCUAACAGCAAGAAACACACAGUACGACAAGCCAGAAAUAAUUAAAGAAGAAAGAACUAAACAGCUAAAGCAAUAAAAGCAAGAAACUACUACCGACAAACAAAGAAGUAAAACCACAAAAGUGAACUACUUAAGCUUUACCUUAAGCCACUGACUAAGUAUACUCACUCGACAAAGUGUAAAGUUUAGAGUAUCUAGCCUUGGUAGGAUUGUUUUCCUUCUUUCGUUUUCUGCUCGGUCGCUUCAGUUUGGUGGAGGGCGUUACCUCUUACCCGUUGCGCAUCGUUCAGUUUGCGUUUGAAGGGGGGAAUGUCGAUCCCCAAAUUAUGAAUCAUCUCAAGCAUGAGCAUGAAGAUCAUCCUACCAGUACGGAAGUCAACAACUUAAAGAUUUACGA